CUUUAUAACAAUCUAUCAGAUGCCGGUGAAAAAUCGGGCAAAGAAAUGGCGGCAAUAUCUCGCCUGCAAGUGCAGUUCCUCCACAUCACUCCUCCUCUCAAAUCGCCUUCGGUCUUCUCAAGACUCCCUCAGUUCUCUCGCAUUUCUCCCCGUAAAUUCUUCACUCAUCGCCCUCUCUGCUCCGUUUCCGAUUCGACUCCUCAGAGUUCUUCUUCGGAGAUAGGAUCGAGUUCGAGCAUUGUCGGUGACCUUCUCGACUAUCUCAACGAGUCCUGGACUCAGUUUCAUGCGACAGCUGAAGCAAAACGGCAAUUAGUUGCUGCUGGUUUUCAUUUGCUAAACGAGGAUGAAGACUGGAACUUAAAGCCUGGAGGACGCUAUUUCUUUACACGAAAUAUGUCUUGUUUGGUUGCCUUUUCCAUUGGAGAAAAGUAUGUUCCUGGUAAUGGAUUCCAUGUUAUUGCUGCUCACACAGAUAGCCCAUGCCUAAAAUUAAAGCCCAAGUCUUCAUCAAACAAGUGUAAUUGUCUAAUGGUCAAUGUGCAGACAUAUGGGGGUGGUUUGUGGCAUACUUGGUUUGAUAGAGAUUUGAGUGUCGCUGGAAGAGUUAUAGUAAGAGGCAGUGAUGGUUCAUAUUUUCACAAACUUGUCAAAGUAAGAAGGCCUCUUUUGCGAAUUCCAACCUUGGCAAUUCAUCUUGACCGCACAGUGAACCAGGAUGGUUUUAAGCCAAACUUUGAAACUCAUCUUAUUCCGUUGAUGGCAAUAAAGAUGAAAGACAAUUCAAUGGAGUCGGAAGAUGAAGGCAAUGAUCCGUUAUUGAAGGAUGCCCUACAUCCACUUCUGAAACAGGUCAUAUCAGAAGAGCUCUGUUGUGCAGCUGAUGAUAUAGUGAGCUUUGAGUUGAACGUGUGUGAUACCCAACCUAGCUGUCUUGGAGGCGGAAAUGAGGAGUUUAUUCUCUCAGGAAGAUUAGAUAACCUCGCAUCAAGCUAUUGUGCAUUCAGAGCUCUUAUUGAUUCUUGUGGAUCUCAUGGUGACUUAAUAAGUGAACAGGCAGUUCGAAUGGUUGCUUUGUUUGAUAAUGAAGAGGUGGGUUCAGGUUCAAUUCAGGGAGCUGGUGCACCCACCAUGUUUCAGGCCAUGAGGCGCAUAGCCAGCGACAUUGCUCAAGGACAUGUUGGUGAAGGUGUUUUUGAGCGUGCUUUUAGGCAAUCCUUUCUUGUGUCUGCGGACAUGGCCCACGGAGUUCAUCCAAAUUUCAUGGAUAAGCAUGAAGAACACCAUAGACCAGAAAUGCAAAAGGGACUUGUCAUAAAGCACAAUGCCAACCAGCGCUAUGCUACAAGCGGAGUCACAGCUUUUCUUUUCAGAGAAUUAGGCCGAAUUCAUAACCUACCAACGCAGGAUUUUGUUGUGAGAAAUGACAUGGGUUGUGGGUCUACCAUCGGUCCAAUCCUUGCUUCUGGAGUUGGCAUCCGUACAGUGGAUUGUGGCAUCCCUCAACUUUCCAUGCACAGCAUAAGAGAAAUUUGCGGGAAAGAAGAUAUAGACACAGCUUACAAGUAUUUCAAGGCAUUCUAUCAAUCGUUUUCAAGCAUAGACCGAAAACUGAAGGUGGACGCCUGAAUCAAAGAUAAACCGAAUAAGGUUAUUGUCAAUUUAUUAAAGGCUACGGGAAAAUAUUUCCCCACGGAUGUGUGUUCUAAUCUCAGAGUCAGAGUCAGAGCCUUCCCAGAAAAAUUUUCGAAUUUAAGGGUACAUGUCCAAUAAUAUGAUUUCCCUCCUGAAUUAGGUUUCUCAUUCGUUUAUUUUGCUUAUCCCAAGAUUUCGACCUCCUCCAAAUCAUUUAAUGUAUAUUUCAAUCUA